CGCAUCUUCCUCAAACCAUCAUGCAAUUUUCCCCGCGCCCUUCAAGGAUAGCCGAUGUUGCCAAUAAAAAUAAAACCUGAUUGGUUGACUCUAGUCUCAUUUCUACUGCUCACUGGUUGUCUGGUCCUCUCCGUCAAGCUUACAUUGACUGAGGCACGUACGUAUGAAACGAGAACGGGACCCGGCGAACGAGCAUCUUCGAGUUGAAAUACCCAACACAGGCUCUCCAGUCCAUCCCCAGGCAAAGGCGCACAUCUACGAUAUGCAGCUUCUGCCACAGAUGUACGCGUGCGAUUCCGUUUGCAUCCUUGACGAACGGACUUCCGUCGAUUCAAGGGAGUCUAUCCACGGUUGUCGGGAAACAAACGGAGGAAUCUUAUGCUCCGCAUGUGAAGAGGCUUCUUAUAAAGAUGGCAUGAGGUGUGCGUGAACGUCGAAGACUUAAGUUCUCUUACUCUUCGAGCAAGUUUUGGCAGUAUGAGAUUCGCCUACACGGUUCUCUCGUUGGCUCUCCUUUGCAAAGCGAGGAAGUGGAAUGAUACCGGAAAAGGGACCAUAGUUUUCGAGGAAGCAUGGACCGUCCCCGAGCUUCUCAACAAUAAUACCGCGCCUCCUGUGGGAGAGGCAGAGGCGCAACUGCAGGCCAAUCUAUUGGACAUCCACAAUCAGCGACUAGCUGAGAUGGAUGCGAAUGGGAUCGACUUCAUGGUCCUAUCAUGCGCUAGUCCUUGCAUACAAGGAAUAUCUGAUCCUGAAAAGGCUGCUGGCAUGGCAAUUCGUGUCAAUAACAUUCUAGCAUCGGCGAUUUCGAACAAUACUUUCCGCUUUAGCGCCUUUGCUGCGCUUUCUAUGCAUAAUGCUUCCGUGGCUGCACAAGAACUGAAACGAGCCGUUAAUGAGCUCGGCUUCGUAGGUGGAUUGGUCAACGACUAUCAGCAAUCCGGGGCUGACGAUAAUACUCUUUUUUUCUAUGACCAACCCGAAUACGACGUGUUCUGGGAAACAGUGACAGAAUUGGAUGUGCCCGUGUAUUUCCAUCCUCGUACCAACGUACACACUAUACAAGACUUGGCCUAUGGACACGCUCCCUGGCUAAUUGGACCUUCCCAGGAGUAUGCUGCAACUCUCUCCACGCACAUACUAGGUUUGUGUACGAAUGGCGUCUUCGAUCGGUUCCCAAAGCUCAAAGUGAUAGUUGGCCAUUUGGGGGAACGCAUUCCUUCCGACCUCUUCCGAAUUGAUGACCAACUAGAUCGGCAAAGGCCUGUAGGAAUGCCCAUGAUACGAAACGUAACAUCAUAUUGGCGUACGAACUUGUUCGAGACGACAUCAGGCAACCUCGCUACGGAUAUUCUACUCCUUCAUAAGAAGACCAUCGGAUUGGAUCGAAUUUUGUAUUCCAUCGACUAUCCCUAUGUGCCGAUCGUUCAAGCUACGCAGUGGGUUAACGGAUUGGAGGGCACAUUGUCGAAAGAGGAGCUUUUACAGCUCAAGAGGGGUGCUGCAAUCCGAUUGUUGAAGUUGAAUGAUUGAGUUCCCUUGAGUCUAUAAUUGCGUCUCUUGUACUUAUGUGAUUUUCCACCUCUACUGCCCAAUUUACAAGGUAGAUUCAGUGCAAUAGAACUGGGCGAACGAGCACCUCCUCGGAGUCUACAUUACCCGACCUCGACACAGGCAUGUCCAGUCUACCCCCAGGUAAAGGGCGUACGAUAUCCAGGUCUAUGUUAUCAUAUUUUAAUGUCGUGUCGCACGUCUGCAGAACAGACCCGGUUCAAUAUUAUUUAUAGUUCGGUGAAAGAACGAACUUCCGUUUCAAGGGGUAUAUCUGUAUACGCUUCUUGGGAAACAAACGACGGAAUCUUUUGCUCCAC